AUGUUCCCCCAAUCAACGACUCUCAUUGCCGCCGCGGUGGCCAUCCUCUUUGCUCCUAUAUCACUUUCUGCUGCGGUGUAUGGGGCCCCUUCCGAUCAUGCCCAGCUAGUCAAUGAUAGCCGUGGUUUUGCUCCUCCGUCGGAGGCCUUCAUCCACGGCAACAACACUCAGCUCCUAGACAAUACCCAGCACGUAAAGACACGGCAGGCAGCAGAAAUCGCAGAAUUGGCAACCACAGUCAUCGAGGGUGCAAUCAAUAUUUUCACCAGUAUACAAGAUGGCAUAAAGCAGGACAAGGAGGAUCGCAGCACAUUUACCCAGCAUCUGGUCCAACAGUUGCACAGCGAACAUCCUGAUUUCAACUGGAUCGUCUGCCACACCAAGCAUGACUACAAGUGGGAUGGCAAGCAGGGCGUCGACUGGGCCCAUAAGCAUCAAGAGUUUGACAUAAAAAUUGGGGGAACAAUCGGAUAUGAAAUCUACAAUGCUAAAUCGGGGAAAUUCUUCCGCAAGGGCGAUGGUGGUUACCUCAACUGGGCAUACAUUGGCAACGUAGCCAAGACUGAGAAUGACGGGAAAGACCUUACAUUUGCUAAACCUUAG